UUUGUUCUCUCUCUGAAUAAGAUCCUUACUCCAUCAAGUUAUUUCCGGUUGCUCUACGAAAAUAUAUACAUCUCUAUACGUAUUGUACCAAAAAUAUAUUUUUUCAGCUCUUGUUGAAGAAAUGUUCGUUAGAGCAUUGUUGAAGGGGCAUUGAGUUUUUAUAAAUUUAUUUCUGUUAGUUUUUCUUUUGGGUUUGAUUUUUCUUCCCUAUUUUUCUGUAAACACCCAUUUGGCUCUGUGAUUUCUUUUUUUCCCCACUGCGAGACACCAGAUUGAAAAGAUCACACUAUGGAUCCUAUGAGAAAGAAGGACUGCCAUGACUCGGGCGAGUCGGUCCGGGUGGCCUCGACAUUCCCAGACGAGGUUCUGGAGCGAGUUCUGGCUCUGGUGAAGUCCCACAAGGACCGGAGCUCGGUUUCUCUGGUCUGCAAGGACUGGUAUGACGCCGAGCGGUGGUCAAGGACCCACGUGUUCAUUGGAAACUGCUACUCGGUGUCACCGGAGAUCGUGGUCCGGCGGUUCCCGAACGUUCGGAGCGUGACUCUGAAAGGGAAGCCCCGGUUUUCAGAUUUUAAUCUGGUUCCUCCCAAUUGGGGUGCUGAUAUUCGUUGUUGGCUGGUGGUUUUUGGGGCUAAGUACCGGUGUCUUGAGGAGCUGAGGCUCAAGAGAAUGACUGUGAGCGACGAGAGCUUGGAGUUUUUGGCUCUUUCUUUUCCCAAUUUCAAGGCUCUUUCGCUUCUCAGCUGUGAUGGGUUCAGUACUGAUGGGCUUGCCGCCAUUGCCAGUCACUGCAAGAAUUUGACUGAGCUCAACAUACAGGAGAAUGACAUCUAUGAUAAAAGUGGUAGUUGGUUGAGUUGCUUCCCUGAAAACUUCACAUCAUUGGAAGUACUAAACUUUGCCUAUUUGCAUAAUGAUGUCAAUUUUGAAGCUCUUGAGAGACUGGUUAGUAGGUGCAAAUCGUUGAAUGUUUUAAAGGUUAAUAAAAAUAUAACCUUGGAACAAUUACAAAGGCUGCUUAUUUGUGCACCUCAAUUAGCAGAGCUUGGUACUGGCUCAUUUCUGCAUGAGCUUACGGACCGCCAGUACUCAGAACUUAAAAGGUCAUUCAACAACUGCAAUAAUCUCAACGUACUCUCUGGCUUGUCAGAAGUUGCAGCCAUAUAUCUCCCAGCUCUAUACCCUGCCUGUACAAAUUUGACUUUCUUGAAUUUGAGCGAUGCUGCUCUGCAAAGUGAGGAACUUGCUAAGCUUCUUGUUCACUGUCCACGUCUUCAGCGCCUAUGGGUCCUUGACACAGUUGAAGACAAGGGUUUGGAGGCCAUUGGAUCCAACUGUCCUCUGCUUGAGGAACUCCGUGUCUUCCCAUCCGAUCCCUUUGAGGAGGGUAUUGUACAUGGGGUGACUGAAUCUGGGUUCAUUGCUGUCUCUUAUGGCUGCAGGAGACUACACUAUGUUCUCUACUUUUGUCGACAGAUGACUAAUGCUGCUGUAGCAACCAUUGUGCAGAACUGUCCCGAUUUCACCCACUUCAGGCUUUGCAUAAUGAACCCAUGCCAGCCAGAUUACCUUUCAAAUGAGCCUAUGGAUGAGGCUUUUUGUGCAGUGGUGAAAACUUGCACUAAACUCCGGAGGCUUGCAGUUUCAGGUUUAUUGACUGACCUGACUUUUGAGUACAUUGGGAAGUAUGCCAAAAACUUGGAAACUCUUUCGGUUGCUUUUGCUGGGAGCAGUGAUUGGGGUAUGCAGUGUGUAUUGGGAGGUUGUCCAAAGCUGAGGAAACUUGAGAUAAGGGACUGCCCAUUUGGGAAUGCAGCAUUACUAUCAGGUUUUGAGAAAUAUGAAUCCAUGAGGUCACUAUGGAUGUCAGACUGCAAAGUGACAAUGAAUGGGUGUAGAUUCUUGGCAAAAGAGAUGCCCAGGUUGAAUGUGGAGGUAAUGAAGGAAGACGGGAAUGAUGACAGUCAGGCUGACAAAGUUUAUGUUUAUCGUUCUGUUGCAGGACCAAGAAGGGAUGCUCCACCUUUUGUUCUCACUCUCUGAGGUGUGCAGAGUGCAUGUAAUGUCCUUCUCUCUCUUACACACAAGAAGGUAUAAGAGCGCGCAAUUGCCAUCUUCAGCUGCCUGGUAGAAUCGACUCCAUUGAUCACGGUCAUAUUUUUCCUUUUGGUUUGCUUUCGGUCUCCCCGUGUUGGCUGCAAUUAUGCUCGCAAAGCAAAAGGCAAUGCUAAAAAUGGUACCAAAACCAGUGUCUUUCCAUUUGUAGAUGAAUGUAGACAAUAUUGUUUAAGAUCUUGAUUCAGAUAUUUGGUGUCUUUUCAUUUGUAAAUGAACAUAGACAAUAUUGUUUAAGAUUAUGUUUCAGACAUUGUUUCAAUCCCA